UUCGUAUCGUACGUACAUGUACAGUAUAUGAGGAACAAGUGGAUAUCCGGAAGCAAUCUUUUCAUGAACGAACACCACCUCACUGACUUUUAGGGAAAGAGAAGAAAUGCUUGUUGUAUGAAAAAGCUCACAUAUGGGUGUGUGGGACCAGGACGAAGACAAUUCUACAGAAAACACACGGUUGAUGUUAGACACUGAGGAGGAGGAGCAGGCACCAACAGAAACAAUGUCGGCUGAAAUUCUUGCACCGACAUCAGAUGGUGCUUCAAAUGCAAGAAGACCUAUCCAGGUGGAAGGAUCCAAUAAUCCGAGCUAUGGUACGAGUGUCAACGCAGAAGUUCGUGGUACCUCUGUUCAACGAAGGGCCAAUGCAGGCAACAGGCCAGCGAACCAGGAGCGACGGAGGGAGAGAGACCCGCCCCCAAUGGAAGAGGAAGAAGAGGAUGAGAUGCUCAAGUAUGGGGCCAAGCACGUCAUCAUGCUAUUUGUGCCUGUCUCCCUCUGUAUGUUGGUUGUUGUGGCAACCAUCUCCACCGUUUCUUUCUACACAGAGUCUGGUGAUGUUUACCUGAUUUACACUCCUUUCCAUGAGAAGUCUGACCAGGCUGGAACCAAAGCCUGGAACGCCUUGGCAAAUGCUCUCAUCAUCAUCGGCAUUGUUCUUAUUAUGACAAUAUUUCUUGUUGUUCUCUAUAAAUACAGAUGCUAUAAGGUUAUCCAUGGUUGGUUAGUCUUAUCAUCACUUCUUCUCCUGUUUUUCUUCACAUUCUUUUAUUUACAAGAAUUGCUGGUAACCUACAACAUCCCAAUGGACUACUUCACCAUAGCAGUCAUCAUGUGGAACUUUGGCAUGGUGGGCAUGGUGAGCAUCCAUUGGAAGGGGCCUCUACGUCUCCAGCAGCUCUACCUCAUCGUCAUCUCAGCCCUCAUGGCUCUCAUCUUCAUCAAAUACCUCCCGGAGUGGACCCUCUGGACCAUCCUGGCAGCCAUUGCUGUUUAUGAUCUGUUUGCUGUGCUGUGCCCUAAGGGUCCUCUCAGAAUGCUGGUAGAGACUGCUCAGGAGAGAGAUGAACAGAUCUUUCCUGCACUCAUCUAUUCAUCAACAAUGGUCUGGUUGGUUGGAAUGGCAGACAUUGACUCACCGCCACCCAAAUCAAAAGCAAAACAGGAACCACCAGUUGAAGAACACACAGCUGAAGAAAAUGCAACUGGUGGGCAAGAAGAUCAAACGGUGUCCAGUGACCAGGAGGUUAACGGCGGCUUUGAUACCGUGUUCACCGAACGAAGAGAGAGGGAUCUAGAAAGGAGUGCAAACUCCAGCGUCACAUCCGAAGACAGGAGGGCAGCUGUCCGGGCGCUGAGGCAGAACAAUGGUCCUAGCAAUAGACAGCCUCCAGUAGAUGAGGAGGAAGAGGAAGAACGUGGUGUAAAGUUGGGUCUGGGAGAUUUCAUCUUCUACAGUGUGUUGGUAGGGAAAGCAUCAGCAUCAGGAGACUGGACUACCACUAUUGCUUGCUUUGUGGCAAUUCUUAUUGGGUUGUGUUUAACACUCAUUCUCCUGGCCAUCUUCAAGAAGGCCCUUCCUGCUCUGCCCAUCUCCAUCGCCUUCGGCCUUGUCUUCUACUUCUGCACAUCCAACCUUGUGUUCCCGUUCACAGACGAGCUUGCCAGCCAACAGGUUUACAUAUGACAUCCUAAAAACUUAAAGAGUUGGACAGUUCUUAACAGUUUUAUAUAUAUUCCAGGUUAAAUGUAUUUUGAAGUAUUCGUUUUUGGUUUAUUUAGUGUUUUUGAUGAUAAUUUGUUUGAAGGAGUGAGUGAAAGAAGAAUGAUUAAGCAUUAGCAUCACAGGACUGGAAAGUAAUAUUUUCACCCGAGUUGUAAAGGUGGAUAUAGUCCGGGUUGUCCAAAUCUUAUUGAUAUGUAUGUAACUACCUAUUUGAAUUUUAUAGGAGAUUUGAUGAAAACAAAUUUAGACAAGUAACCUUUUGGGCUGGCUCACAAUUAACAUUGAAGUAUUUUACCAUUGCUUACGCAAUCAUCUGGAUCCGUGGUAUUAAUACAUUUUGAGAAAACCAUUGAAUGUUAGGGGAAGAAACAAAAAAGUAAAUUUUUAAACUACUUCCUGCUGAAACUGUAAGCUUGAGAAGAGAAAUAAGCUUAUUCUGCAACCGAAUGUUCAGGCUCAUGCUUAGGUCUUGAGCUAAGAAAUAGUGUAACUUUAAUCAGAUUUGUAUCAACUUUGAUUUCAUGCUAAGUCUUCUGUUGUUGAAUAAAGGAGACCAACAGCUGGAAAUCUAUAAGUAGAAAAGAAUUUCUUCCAGAUUAUUAUCAAUUACACAACUCACAAUGAAAAUCCCAUCAUGAAUCUCAGAUUAAAGUUUUGUUCACUUUUCAGUAUAAAUGUCAUUGCUUAAGUAAGUUUUAAAAGAAUUCAUAUUGUGUACAUUACAAUAAUUUGACUUGGACCAACCUGAUUUACAGGAGGCAUUUGAUGAAUUGUUAUUUACUAGUUGAAAUGAAGUUGUAUGCAUUAUUUAUUUUGUACUGCAUCUUGGUGGGUUGGAGUAAAAUUGCCUAUUACCAGUUUGUGAUUUUUUUCUUCAAGAAAUACGCUCCAAAUUGAGGUAAUAUGUAAUGGAAUCUGUGGAGAUAUGUGAAAUACACCACUCUUCUAAUCAGGAGACAAGAAAGUGAAAAAUAUCUUUAUUACAUCUUUCAAAUAGAUGAAAUGCUGUUAAUUGUAAAGUUCGUUUUAAAUUUGUUUUGAUAAGAUUUUUGCCAAUUUCGAAAUGUUCCUUCUCUUUGUUAUAAGUUGUUCUAUUUCUUUGUUAACAUUGCUCUUAUUUAUUUUGAUUUUGUUUUUAAUACCUUGUUUAAACUGUUCAGAUAUGUCAUUUUGAAUUUUGCUUGUCUUACGUUUUGAACAUCUGAAGCCAGUGUUUCAAUGUGUGGAGAUAUAUGAUACAGCUAUGAAAGAUCUUUGUAAGUUUGGAUAUAUGUACUUAAGUUAAUGAUUUAACAUGUCUUUUCCCAUUUAAUUCACAAUUUUAUUCGCAAACAUAUUGAAGGUUUGGCAUAUAAAACUUCACAUUAAAUAUUAUACACAAGAACCGCUACAGGUAAAUUAAAUAAGGUGUGAUAGCGCUUGCUAAUCAUAGUAUAGACACUGUAUAUGACUAUAAAGAGAACUGAAAUUAGAAACAUUAUAGCUGUUUAGUAGAUGCAUGUACAUUACUCCCUCUGAAACAGAUUUUGAGAGCUUGCUGCAUUAUAAUUGCAUGAUGACAAAAUGAAAUAUAAACGGAAAAAGUGAAAGAUUUUACUGAACAUUUGGAAUCUCAUGUGUGAAAGAUCUUAGAAUUUCACACUAUACAGGAUUACUGGCAUGUAAAGCAAUUUGAAUAUCUUGGGAGAACUAUUGAAUGGAAAUAUUGAAACGUGUUUGUGUUUAUAUGACAUUCGUGUGUGGCUUUUUGCCAUCCUUUAGAAGGAAAAAAUCUGGUUGAAAUGCUGUGUAAAUCCCUCAGUAGUAACCCUAUGUUAUUUUAUUCUUCAGUAACGCAUUAGGUUUCUUUUAGCCAAAGGCUUGUGUGCCUUAUUUCCUGUAACUCAUGCACUUUUUCCAAUUUCGAUCUGUCGCUCAUUCCAAUUUGAUGUGAUUUCUCUGUUAAGCCUUCAUCGAUACAAAUCCAAAUAGUAUAAAUGAUGGGUUGGGUGAUGAAAUAAAUUUGAGAUGUUAAAAUAUAUGGUAUACAUGGUUCAAAUUCUUUUAGACUAUUUAAGGGUUAAAAUAUAGGCUGAAUGUUUAGGAAAAGGGGAAUUAAUUAACAAUUAAACAGAGGUCAUGCAAUUAGUAAGCCCCUUUUGAAUUUACUUAAUGUUUGUUGCUGCAGAAAUUGUAAGGACUAUAAGGAUAUUUAAAUCAAUACAAAGUAUGAACUGAUGUUGAUAUAUUAUGAUUAUGUAAUCAGGAUCUGAAUCUUAAAUGACUCUUUAAUUAUCUUAUGAGGAAAGUCAUAUCACAAAUAAAGCCAACUUCUUCCCCAAAACCAUUCUACGUAAUUCAACUAAGAAAUUUUGGCAAUACUCAUCAGUUGAUACGUGGAAGAAGAUACACAACUUCCAAUGGUUGGUAAUGAGGAAGGUUAUUUCUUAAACCAUUAAAUGUAUGUGAGUCGAACCAAUGGAUAACAUUAUCCAUGUUUGCAAUCAUUCAUGGCUGUGUGAACCUACAUCAGUGUUUUUACCGUAGUUUUAGUUAUAGCACCUCACAAGGACAACCCCAAAACCAUUUUAUACUAUGUGUAGACAAUGUACAAACUAUAUUAAGAUCAUGUAGAUCAUUUUGAGUAUUAUUGUUGCAAGCACUUUUAUGAAUAAAUGAUAUUUGAUUGUAUAGAACUUGA